AUGACUCACUCGACCGAAGGGGACGUUAUUUACGCUGAGUUCUUCACUCAACCCACGAUCAUAAUCAGCUCGGUCAAGGCAGCCUAUGAUCUCAUGGAGAAACGUGGCGCAAAAUAUUCCAACAGACCCCGCUUUGUGCGGAACAUCGAACUGAUAGGAUGGACGGGAAACAUCGCGUUUCGGCAAUAUGACGACGGGUGGCGGCGCCACCGGAAGUUGUUGAACAAGGAGGCAUUGGUCGCCAGAGCUGCAGUAGACAGUUAUCAUCCCCUGCAGCUCCGUGAAGCACGUCGUCUACUGCACAAUCUUCUCAAGAGCCCAGACGACUUCAUGUCCCACCUGAAGCAGUGCGUCUACACUGCGUCGAUGAUCUUUGAGAUGGGUUAUGGACGCACAAUUUCUUCCCUUAACGGCGAUGCUUUCAUUCGGCUCGUCGAGGACGGAAUCGUGGCGACAUUUGGCGGCAGUGGAUUUGGCUCCGCAACGGUCGACUUUUUCCCAUUCUUGAAAUACAUACCCACGUGGAUGCCUGGCGCAGGCUUCAAGCGUGCUGCGUUGACGGCUCGCGACGCCAUUGCAGCUACAGAAGACUUACCCUAUCAAGCGGUCAAGAUGGAUAUGGCACCCGGCAUCGCAAAACCCUUGUUCACGACAGGCAUGAUAGAAGACUGCUCGAAGAACGGCACUCCAACAACAGAGGACGAGCGUGAAAUCAAGGGUGCCGCAGGUACUUUAUAUGCAGGUGGGCGCGCUGUUGAUGCUGAUGUCCGCAUGAUUAUAUUCGUGCUCGUCAUGGUGCAGUAUCCCAACAUAUUUGCAAAGGCUCAAGAAGAGGUCCUCAGUGUUGUUGGUGACACACGGCUGCCAACUUUUGAGGACAGAAAGUCGCUGCCGUAUCUUGAGAGCAUCAUUAGAGAGGUAUACCGUUGGUGUCCAGCAGCUCCCACGGGGAUCCCACACCAGGCUGCGGAAGCCGAUGUCUAUCGCGGGUACUACAUUCCCAAGGGAUCCAUGAUAAUUCCGAACAUAUGGGCGAUGCUGCGGGACCCCGAGAUGUAUCCAGAGCCGGCUGAGCUCUUCAAGCCCGAAAGGUUCCUAGGCAUGGGUCCAGACAAAGAAUUAGACAUGCGAGACCCGAAGAGGAUCAUUUUCGGCUUUGGACGCAGGUCAGUAGCCUGGCGCCAAUUCUUCGCCGACGACAACCUUUGGCUUGCCGCUGUCAGCAUUGUAGCGACCAUGCAGAUAAGGAAAGCACGGAAUGCAAACGGCGAAGAGAUCAUGCCUGCACCCAAGCUUCAUAGUGGCGCCGUCAUUCAUCCUGACUCCUUCUCUUGCAGCAUUCGCCCUCGCUCAGAGAAGAGCCGACAACUGGUCAUUGACUGUUUCUCAGAGAUCUGA